AUGGCGAAGGUGGUUCUCGGCGGCUCCUGGUGCGCAGGCGCGCAAGCAAGAACCGAGCCGCCUUCGCCGCCUGCCGAAGCCGGACGAGUCGGAACCCAGAGGAGCUUAAGCAGGCUGCUGGCGCUCAUUCAACAGCUCGGCGGCCUGGACGCCGUGCAGAAGCUGCUAGACGGGGGCGGGGCUGACGCGGUGGGCCCAGGGCUGCUGUCGGCGAAGGACCGCCAGACGCUGGUUAAGGUUAUCGGUGGUCAGACCACCACCACCGCCCGGCCACGCUACUCUGCGAUCGCUCGCGAGCAGCCCUCCGAUGGGACAACGCCCGGACCGUCGUCCUCGGACGAGGCGGAGGCUGAGCCUGAGAACAGCCGCCCCCGACUGUCCCUGUCGCGCCGCCCGCGGCCAGAGGUCACGCAAGACGGACCCGAGGGCACUGGGUCAGAGGCCGUCAGCAACACCCGCCGUCGGCCCCAGUACAGCAGCAUCCAGAGGAACAGGCAACCGCAGACAACGCCAGCUGACGACAGUGGCGAUGUGACGUCAUCCGGCAAGGGGCGGCGGCAGUACGUCACGCUGCGGCGUGGGCGGCCCUCGGCGACGGCUGAUGAGGACGGGCAGACCGCGGACGCUGACUUCGGCGGCAGAAGAUAUGUCACGCUCAAUCGGUCUCGUCCGACGCCUCCCACCAAACCGGAGCCUGACUCCGAGGACCAGUCUGAUCCGACAGGGAGCCCCUCGGAGGUCAGCACGGGACCUGACGGCGCGGGUCUGCCCGAGCAGAACGAGGCCUCGGCCGGCGCCGGGCGCGACUCCCCUAACGCCGCUAGCGAGGCCUCCAGCAAAUUAACCAAUGACCCAGCUGGGUUCGAGUCGCUGCUUGACCUUACAGACGAGGCUGCCAACAGCCUGGAACCCGAACCCAAACGCCGGGUCCGCAUUCGUCUGCGCCGACCGUUUGACCGCUCUUCAGCGGGCCCCACGGAAGAACCUACGGAGCGACCGACAGAAGAACCCACCGAAGGACCCGAGGAAGGGCUGACCGCGUCCGAAGCGGGACAAGAUAGGCCCUCGCGUCGGCAGGAUGAGCGGAAGAUCCGCGUGAUCCGUCUGAAGCGUCCGCGCGACCGCGCUGGGUCGGACCGCAGCUCAGGCGAGUCCGAGAGCUCCCCCACACCCCCGCCGGAGCUGCGCGACAACGAGGUCACAAUUGACAACCUGGAGCAGACCAGCGAGGCCGAGCCUGCCGGGUAUGGAGUCCUCACCACAGUCCGCACGCCGCUGUUUGAGUCAGCCCUGCAGGGGGCGCGCGAGGGGGAGCCCACGGCCGCGCCCAAGCAAGCCGUGGACGCCAUCGAGACCGACCGGCGAAGAAUCGAGUCGAGCGUCAGGACGUCGGCGCUGUUCGACAACGAUCUGCCUCAGGCGGUGAGUGCGCGCGGGCCGGCGGCGACUGGCCGUCGCGCCCCCCUACGCCGUGGAGGGUCCGACUUCAGACUGAGGAACACGCUGAGGCGACUGGACAGCUCGCGGCGGCGGACUGGACAGGAGACCACGGAUGAGCGGCCGGAGCUCGGCGGAUCGCUGCGCAGCCGAGUCAGGAGCGGUCUGCGGCGCCAGGGCGAGGAGCCCGCUCCUGAUGAAGCGCGGGAGGCGGUCGAGGAGCCGCUGGAUGUGACCACGGAGUCUGCGCUCGAGGAGACGACGACGCAGCGCGGCCUGCGCAGGAUUGCGCUUCGGGGCCGCGACAGGCUGUCGGCGCUGCGGGGAAGAUCCAGGGACGGUGGCCGGAGACGGCUGGCCGAGCUGGUGUCGGAGUCGGCCACAGAAUCGCCCGAGUUUACUGCGGACGCCGUCACUGAUGUGGAAGCUGAGGCGACGGAGAGUGUGCCUGAGGAGGUCACUGAAGACCCUGCAGGAAUUGCGGCUAUCUUGGGCAGCGCACCCGUCACGGAGCUACCAGUUUCGGCCACCACAACAGCGUCUUCAGAGUUGCUAGAGACAACGACGGACGGGCUCGAGACAACAACCGCUCUGCCCGAUCUCGGCGAAGUAUCAACGACAGAAGCGACUCCUGACGCAGAUAGCUCUCCAAUUCGCAGCCAGAUCCUCCAGGAGGACCCCCUUCCGGAAGAGAAAGAGGAAGCUGCAGAGGCAGUCGAGCGGCCCGGCCGAAGGGGCCUUUUCCGACGUGUGCGCCCGGUGGAGACUGAAACUGCCUUGGGCACGGCAGCCGAUGGCUCUGAUGUCGAGGAGGACGGUCGCGAAAGACAAUUCCGGCGUCUGCGCCCUGUCGGCGGCCGGAACGUUCUCCGCUUGAGGCGUCCAGGCCGUCCGAGUGAGCCCGUCACGGAACUGCCUCCUACAGUCGCCACAACAGCCUCUGCCGAAUCGCUAGAGACAACGACUGACGGACUCGUGAUCGAGAGCACGACCAUUCUGCCAGAUCUCGGCGAAUUGUCGACGACAGAACAGGUUCCUGACACGGACAGCCCUCCCGUUCCUAGCCAGGUCCUCCAGGAAGACCUCCAAGAGGAACCGCUGCCAGUAGAGGAGGAGGAUGCCGCAAAGGCAGUCCAGCGGCCUGGUCGGAGGGGCCUAUUCCGGCGUCUGCGUCCGGCGGAGACAGAAACUGCCCUGGGCACAGCAGCCGAUGGCUCUGAUGUCGAGGAAGACGGUCGUGAAAGACAGUUCCGGCGACUGCGACCUGUCGGCGGCCGGAACGUUCUCCGCUUAAGGCGUCCAGGCCGUCCGAGUGAGCCUGUUACGGAGCUACCCACUACGGUCGCCACAACAGUCUCUUCAGAACUCCAAGAGACAACGACAAUUGGACUCGAAAGCACAACCGCUCUGCCCGAUCUUGACGAGGUGCCGACGACAGAACAGACCCCUGAUACAGACAGCUCUACGGUUCGUGGCCAGGUCCUCCAGCAAGACCCCGAGGAGGAUCCCCUGCCAGAAGAGGAGGAGACUGCAAAGCCAGCCAGACCGCCCGGCCGAAGGGGUCUGUUCCGGCGUGUACGUCCGGCGGAAGCCGACAUUGCCUUAGACACGGCAGUCGAUGGCUCUGAUGUCGAGGAGGACGGUCGCGAAAGACAGUUCCGGCGGCUGCGCCCCGUCGGCGGCCGGAACGUUCUCCGCUUGAGACGUCCAGGCCGUCCGAGUGAGCCCGCCACGGAACUGCCCCCAACGGUCGCUACAACGCCUUCAGAUUUGCUGGAAACGACGACAGAUCUACUCGAGACAACAACUGCUCCGUCCGAUCUCGGCGAAGUGUCAACGACAGAACAGGCUCCUGACACAGACGGCUCUCCGAUUCGUAGCCAGGUCCUCCAGGAGGAUCCUCUGCCUGCAGAGAAAGAGGAAGCUGCAAAGGCAGUCGAGCGGCCCGGCCGAAGGGGCCUUUUCCGACGUGUGCGCCCGGUGGAGACUGAAACUACCUUGGGCACGGCAGCCGAUGGCUCUGAUGUUGAGGAGGAUGAUCGCGAAAGACAGUUCCGGCGUCUGCGACCUGUCGGCGACCGGAACGUUCUCCGCUUGAGGCGUCCAGGCCGCCGACCACCGCUCCUCCGUCGUGGGCGACCCGUCCAGGAGGUCACCGCUACGACCGAGGCACCUUCUCCCACGCUUCAGACUGCAGACGAGGUGGCGAACACCACAGAGUCGACCCUGGGUCUGUUCCCUGAGGAAACCACGCAACAGGGCGCAACAGCUGGACCAGAUGAGUACGCGUCUACAACUGAAUUCCCGUCCUUAGCUGACGAGGGGGAAACCACGACUGUCGUUUCUCUGGUGGAAGACACCACCGCCAGCACUGAAGACAUCACCACAGAGGAUUCCUUCACGACUCCAGUCGAACUCGAUGCCACUACCACCGAGCAACCACAAGACGAUCCUUCUCCGUUGGACAUUUUCGGAAGCCUGGGCUUGGAUGGCAAGGCUGAUCGCGGAAGUGUCGAAGAGAACGCUGGAACUGACGGUGCACGUAACGGGACCAAUACUACGCCUCAGGCGUCCGUCGAGGAUCUUUUCCGCAAUGUGUUUGGCAAUGUGAAUCCCUCCGGAGAAGAAGCGGGCGCAUUCAGCACCACACCACGAUCGGCCGCCGUCAACGACAUUUUCCGCCAAGUGUUCGCAAAUGAAGCGCCUGACACCACUCCGACAGAACCGGAUGCUAGACCGGGCAGAAGACCACCGCCAAGAGGGCUCUUCCGUCUGCAGCGUCCCACGUCUGUCCCCGCCUCCACCACAGGCGAGACGGACGAUGUUCCCAGUGUGGCCCGCCCAUCUCUGCGACAAGGCCUUCGCUCUCGACUGCGUGCAGACGCGGGCACAUCGUCCACAGACGAGGAGAACUUACCAGUGCGGGAUCGCCUGGCUGCCCUCAGGGCCGGACGAUUGAGUCGAGUGCGGCCCAGUCCGCAGGAUGAGGUCGCUGCUGAGCCAGAGAGUGAACUGGAGGACAAGACUCCAGCCAGGGAGGGUUUGUUCCGCCGCCUGCGCCCAGCAGGCGGCCAGGAAGCAGCCAGGGAGCAGGAGACCGUCUCGGGGGAGAAGAAGCCCUCGCGCGUGCGAGGCGGACUCUUCCAGCGGCGCCGACCCUCAGCCGUUCUUGGGGACCGUUCUGAAACCGCUGACGCAGACCAGAAACCAUCCAUAGACGAGCUUUUCCAGAGUGUGUUCGCCAACGGAGCUGUUAGACAAAAGGUUGACUCCGUUGGAAACGUGGAAGCGACAGGUACUCCUGCGAGUGGUGAGGUCGUUACCGAAUCGUCUGCCCUGGAAGAGACCACUGAUACGGUCGAUGACGUGAGCACCACCGUCAGAUCUCAGGACACAACUGAGGCCUCAGAACUUGAGAACACUACGCCCGGAAACCCGGAAGUCACAGAUAAUCCUACGGAGGCAAACACUGACGUCCCAACGACAGAAGGGGUGCCCAACGCAGCUACUACAGAGGCGGUGGAAACUGACCCUGCUUCAACAAGCCGGGGCCUCUUCAGUCGACCUGGCUUAAGACGAAGCGAACCUUCGGCGUCUGAAAACGGAGCCCUGACGGCAAGCAGCGACAGACUAGCGCGCCUGAGAGCCACCCUGAGGAGGCCGACUGUCAAGGCACCGAGUGACGAAGAGCCCACUACUGGGGACGAAAGCGAAUCCACAGCCGAUGCACCGCUACGACGCCUGCGACAGGGCCUUCUUGGCCGCAUACGCGAUCGACCCGAUCCCUUGGCCUCCGGUAGACGUCGUCCCAGUCCGCUCACGCUGGGCCGCCGCCCCCUGGUGCGACCAUCAGACGUAAAAGCAGAUUCGCCCGCAGGUGAACUCGACAAUUCCACUGAGAUUGCCGAAUCGACCACAAAUGCUCCUUCCAUUGGGACAUCUCCGCGUACCACGUCGGAAGCCGGAACGGCUGACGGCGUCCAAGAGGCCAAAACAGAGACAUCAGUGCAUUCGACAGAUCCGUCCUCUCUUGCCACCACCGAGGCAGCGACGCCAGCAGAAGAGAACGCUACCGACGAACCUUCUCAACAGGAGACGAAUGGUGACGCUGCGCAGCCGAGACUUCGCUUCCUUCAGCAGCUUGGUUCCCCCCGCAAACGUCCCUUCCCCUUCCGACCCUCAUCCAGCCGUCGGAAUUCCCUCGGAAGCCGACUUCGGGAUCGUCUGUCGGUCACUGCUAGUCUGUCUGGGUCGACCACCUCCGACUCACCGGUGAAUGAUGAGGAGCCUAAAGUCAAUGCUGCCGAAGAGCAGACUUCGACGGACGCUGAGACGACGGAGAGGUCGCCAACGCCUAGGACUCGCCGACCUUCCUCUCUUCUGUUCCCUGGUCGAGGUGGUUCUGAUGCGACGGGUGCUAGUGAGGAGACGAAUGAUGAUACUCCCGUUGGCGGAGACGUGGUGGCGGCACCUCCAAGACGAUCGCUGUUCCAGCCAUCCAGGAGACCACCACCUCGAGGAGGUCUGGGCAGUCGUCUCAGAGACAGACUUAACAGACCAGGGCGGGUCUCGGACACGGUCGAGGAUGCCUCUGCUGACGGUACGGAAUCAACGUCAAGUGACACCACCACCACAGAGAGAAGCGUGACACCAAGAUCCCGUCGUCCACCUUCUCUGCUGUUCCGUAAUCGCGAGCGGGACUCCACCACUGCAGAAGCAGCUGAGGACAAUACCGAACCCUCCCAAGACAGUGAAGCGACGACAGUGUCGUCGUUAUCCGGCCUGUUUCAGCGGUCUCGCAGGCCGGCUGUCGGCGGAAGCCUUGGCAGUCGCCUGAGAGAUAGACUUGCCAGCCUGGGUGGUCGCGGCAGAUCCACUUCUAGUCCGUCAGCGCAGGAAGUACUGGAUGAGGGAUCUAAGAAUGACGAUGACAUCCCUGCUAUUAAAGCUUCGCCUACUACGAGCCCUCGGAAGCGCAUACCCACUCUUUUAGCCGGUCUCAGGGAGGCUCAAGAAACGCCCAGCAAGGACCAGGAAGACUCACCUGGGGACUCGCCUACAACGAGUUCUCGGGAGCGCAUAUCCGCUCUUUUCGCCGGUCUCAGACGGGCUGAAGAAACACCCAGCAAGGAACAGGAAGACUCGCCUGGGGACUCGCCUGCUACGAGUUCUCGGGAGCGCGUAUCCUCUCUUUUUGCCGGUCUCAGACAGGCUCAAGAAACACCCAGCAAGGAACAGGAAGACUCGCCUGUGGACUCCCCAAAUGAGGAUGCAACUACAGAACAGCCGACUUCAAGUUUGUUCCGGCUAUCGAGACGGCCAGUGUUGCGUAACAGCCUUGGAAGCCGGCUUAGGGACCGUCUGGCGAGCGGCGGCAACUUAAAUGACAGAUUGUCUGCCUCCGGGUCGGCAGAGGAGGAGGCCAGCGAGGCUGUGAACGUGGAGGCAACCUCUGACAGGGCCUCAGAUAUUGCCAUCCCAACCCGGCGUCCAUCCCUGCUGCGGUUUAGCGACCGCGACCAGGAGGCCGAGCCGGCGGAGGGUGCUGAAGUGCCCGGUUCCGUGGAUGCGCAGAAGGCGAUUGAGGCUCUGACUUCACAGCUACUGCAAACGAAUCGUAAACGCCCGCAAGGCAGCCUCAGAAGUAGGCUGAGAGACCGUCUCGCCGCCACUGCUGACACCAGCACAGCCACCAUUCUGUCGCAGCAAGCGGCGCAAAGUGUGUCCGGUGACGUGGAAGCUACCACCGAAGCCACCGAAGCGAAGGAAGUUGACAUCAGCACACCCUCUGAACGUCCGUCAUCUCCGCUGUUCGGCAAUCGCGGCAGUCUCAGUGAAUCAGAACGAGAACAGCAGAAGCCAUCGCUCAACGAAUCAACAGAAGAGUCUGUUUUAUCUUCAACGGAGUUGACGCCAAGUCUGGUCGACAGGCAGAAUCCGACCGAAGAGACCGACAACCCCCUCGAACCAGCUGGAACCAACGCGCCAGAGGCGGAGGCAACCACGACAGCUACCCCGAUCCAGACAACCGCGCGUGCUCGGCUCAGCCUGGUGGAGCAGCUGCGACAGAGGCAGCAACAAAAGAAGACCAGCGUGAAAAGCCUGGUGGAGCAGCUGCGCUCCUCCCUAUACGGCAGUGGGGGUAAGCAGGAGACGGUCCAGGAGGAGGAGAAGUCGUCUAGCAGCACAACCGAAGCGGUAUACACUGAAGAGGCUGUCACUGAGGCCGGCCCCGGCGAAACAGAGCUCGCUAGCGAAGCUCCCACAGAAGCCACGGACACUUCAGAGACAACUACAGAGAGCAGUAUCGAAGUCAUCGAAGAUGAGCUGAGUCAGACAACGGUCCCUCCGACCGCGGAUAGCCUUGGUGUGAACCCUUUCACAGCUCCUAGCACAGUUAGUCCAGUCUCCGCUGAGACCAGACACCCUGGGCUUGAGACUAUCGGUACUGAGGUGCCAACCAGCGAAGCAACUACCGAAACAUCAUUCAGUGCCUUUGGCUUUGCUACAAGUCCCGUGACCGAGGCCUCGUUGGAGGAGCAAUACACUACAACAGAAGCGAGGAUCGAAGAGGGCGUUGUGUAUGCAGUGGCGGCCAACUCUGACGAAAAGCCAGCGCAUGACUUCUCAAGCGUGCCAGCAUCCGCGAUUGAGGGUGCCGUGUUCUCCGUGGAGCGUAACACUGAGUCUACGAGUUUCAAGAGCUUCGCAGAUAAUGAUGCUUUCCUAGAUGAGGCUGUAGUGUACGCAUCGCCCGCGACCACGGAAAGCGCUAUUGAUGCUGAUUCCGAGACAACACAAACGACUGACCAUCGCACAACUGCAUCGACGACAGCACAACUGGGCGGCGAAACCACAGAACCAAGUGUCUUUACAACCACCCGGGUCCUAGAAGGACAGGAAAUCACCACAGCUGAAGGGGCAUCGGAAACUUCGCCUCCCUCAACAGAAGCCGGAAACGAAACUGCAGCCCCCACGGUGUCCAGUGGCGGUGAGACCACGACGACCUCUACGGAAAGUGGGAGUGAAACGGAAGCCUCUACACCGUUGGAUACAAUCCAAACAACAACAUCUGCACCGGUGGCCGGCCUCAUUACCAUUUCAACGAACGGAGAAGUGCUCAUCACCACUGAUGGCACAAACGACGACGGGGACCUGACCACCGCGGACCCGUCUGCGACGCCCACCGUGCAGUCGGGGCAGGCGGCGACGCAGGCGGAGACGCCGAGCUGGCACCGCGACCCACGCCUCUUCCGAUUCGACUGGCCGGGCGAGACCACGUCACGGCCGGCGAUCGAUGUCACGACUGCCCCGGGGCCCACGCUGGACCCGGCCGGCCGCGACCCUAGCUCCUUUGUGUCGGUCAAGGUCAGCGUGUCGUCGGACGAAGCACAGCCCGAGGCCGGUGGUGUGACCGAGGUGGUGGCGUUCGACGAGUCGACGGCGGCGUCCACCUCGGCCGAGCCGACCGCCUCGCCCGUCGACGCGCUGUACAAGGUGUGGUCCACGCAGGCGGAGACGACGGCGCCGGCGACCGUCGAGCCGGGCGUGACCGAGGACGGCGCUCAGGUCACGGUCGGGUCCACCAGGACCAGCGAGUGGGAGGAGGGAAGCGGGCGCCGCGCCAUUCGAAGAGGAACUUCCAUUCGCCGUGCAGACGACGCAGGCGACAGUGGAGAGCGAGGACGGCGGCGUGUUCGUCGUGCAUGCUGAGAGCGUGGAGCCGGAGGAUGCGCCAGCGGACCAGGCUGAUCUGGCAGCGCACUCGAUCGACCGACCUCAGGAGGCGUCGCUCGUGCUGCGGCUCCCUUCGGGGUCGAACGCGCCGGCUGAGAGCAAGCCCGUGCUGUACGAUCGCGACAGUCUUCUCGCGUACUCAACAGUAACACCACGGUACCGUGACCCGGAUAGCCUGUUCAAGCGCAAGACGUACUUGAGCGGGGGUGCGCACCAGAGUCCUCUCACGUGGCUGCUGGGAGUGUGUUCGCUGCUGUUGCUGUGGAGUAGGUGGUGAUGUGGUGAAUGGCAUAGGGAAGAAGGCGGAAGGCCGCCAGAUGUAAAAAAGAUGGUGGAGUUGGUCGGCUAAAUGCCGAGCUCCUUCCGCAUUGCCCAGUCAAGUCACUGAAGGUAGUGUUAUUUGUAGGCUCGAGAUGUAAUGCACAAUGUGUGUAACGCUUUAGGAGAGUCAGACUGGUAAAGACUGGACGCUGUAUUUAAGAAUCCCGUCGCUUAUGAUCACUUGGAAUGGAAGAGCAAACACACGCGGACGUAUAUGUAUUUCUAUUGUACUAGUGUAUUACUUUGUAUCUGUAUCCAGCAUCACCCUGAGAUUUGUAAAAAAAAGUGGCUAAUGCAUAGCAAGAGAUGCAUCUGUUGUAGAUGAAUGUCGAUUUUGUCUGUCCCGUCAAGUACGCUUUGAGCGAUGCAUUGCAAAAAGCUGCAGGCAUAUGCAUUGCUUUGGUGAUGCACACUGAAGCAAAAGGAGAACAAGUUUCUUAUAUAUUGUAGUGGAAUUCCACCUCCGUUUGCAUGUACCGCGCCAGCUGUCCUGCGGUGUGAUCACUCUUGUGUUACGUUAUGAUGAAAUGUGAAUGCACGUAUUGCUCAAAGUUGUGCGCGUUUGUGUGCAUGCAAGAGUCUAUGUUGGACUUUGGCUUUUUGCUUUGUACAUACAACGCGUGCAAUGAUCGCUUGAUGUUGAAAUGCCCAGGGGUAUCUGAGGUGUUUUACCAUGAAGUCCUCUAUACGUCCGCGGUUGCGUAUUUAGAACGAUUCAUUCCUCACGAAAGGGGUGAUUCGGCUUUUCAUCCAUGGGAUGAAAAUCUUCUUCCACUGUGUAUUUUGCUACGAUGCUGAGAUACAUGAUUACCUAAACUAUCACAAAUGUUAUUCUUCGCACCACAACCUGAACGUUUCGUGAAGGAGAUCCACUGUCCUUCUCUGGACGCUGCUAAGCUAAUACGUCAUCAUGCACCGAUGAAAUCAAGCGAUCCUGCCAAAAUGACGAAUGCGGAAUACAUUUUUGUU